AUGGUCAUUAAAUUCAAGAAGAAACUCUUGUAUUUAGCUGUGCUCGCUUGCUGUGUCUCCUUUCUGAUCACAAAAUGUUUAAGCAAAAGGAUGAUGUAUUUUAGCUUGGAGCGCCCACAAGUCACUUGGUUUGACAAGGAGUACUAUUCGAGUGUCAUCUUCAAAUCAAGACGUCUCAGCAGGAAUGAUCCCGUCCAUUAUGUCACUGUAAACUAUACUUCAUUGAAAGUUAUGAAUAACAAUUUUACGGUAAGCCUAUACUUUUACCAGCUGCUUUCAAAUGUUUACAAGAGGAGUUUCGUGGAUAUUCAUCUGAAGUUCUGCGAUCUGUGGGAAAAGGAUGAGAUAGUUGGAGAUGCGUUCAGAUCAGGGUAUUAUCGAGUGCCGGAGAAGGAGAGAGUGCUGUCCGUAUUGAAAUGCCCAGGCCCACCCGGGUUUUACAGCUAUCUGAACAUGAAGUUUCGGCUCACUGCGCUCAUGGAUACGUUCCCCUUCCAGGAAGGCCGAGUGUACGUGAAUGUGACGGACAGAGGCAGACCUACGGGACAAGGGUCCAUUGACUUCAAUAUAAAAGCACUGCGGAACUCCAAGAAAUAA